AUGCAGCUAUUAGUGGAAGAGCAAGCCAGCGAUUAUAAGGAAGCGGCGCCUCAGAGGAAGCCAAGGAGGUUGCGAGGUUUCCACCCUCAGCCGCGGGGGACCGCAGCGUUUGGCCGCGUCCAGUGCUCGCUGAGCCCCACACAUGGACGGGGCUUGGCAAUAAAUACCGCCUCUGCACCCAAAAGAGCUCAAGAAGAGAUGUUGAAAGCCUCUGGGGAAAGCGUGAUGCCUCAUAACAGCUCUUACGGGACGCUCUUGCUGAGGGACGGUGACCCUCAGCACCGGUGGGAACGUGAGGAGGACCAGACGCUGUUGUGCAGUGGUUGGACGGAGGAUGGGCUGGAGGUUAGGGCUCGAUGCGAGGCUGCCGAGCAGGACCAGUGCGCCUUGGCCAGGGCACGCAGGCGGCGGAGGCUGGCGGCCAAUGCACGGGAGCGCAGGAGGAUGCUGGGCCUGAACGUGGCUUUCGACAGGCUCAGGAGUGUCAUCCCCAACGUGGAGAGCGCCAGGAAGCUGUCCAAGUCGGAGACACUCCAGAUGGCGCAGAUCUACAUUAGCACGCUGAGUGAGCUGCUGCAAGGUGAGGAGCAUGGACACUGGCGCAUCACAGCACAAAGGGAGCAUGCAGGACAGCGGCAGGCCACAGCGGUACCAGGUCCGAAAACAGAGCAGAGCACCGAACAGGACGCCGCACACCAGGACAGUCUGCGGGAACACGCUGCAGGUACUGUCCGGCUGAACACGGACAGGAAAGCCAUCAUGCACUGCUGGGAAAGGAGCAACGGUGCCAAGUAACAAGUCCAGAGCAUAUGCUAUUUUUGUUUAAAUGUAGGCUAUAUUUUUGCACUUUGUUAGUGAUAAUUUAAUGAUGGUGAAA